UUUUUAGAAAAAUCUCCCAACACGGAGCCGAACGAGGACGACGGACGACCCUCCCUCACUUCUGCAAUCAUGAUGUCGAUGAACAGCAAGCAACCUUUCAGUAUGCACCCAAUCCUCCACGAGCCCAAAUACACGCCUCUGCACUCCAGCUCGGAGGCCAUACGCAGGGCCUGUCUGCCCACACCAUCGCUUCAGGGGAACAUCUUCGCCGGCUUUGAUGAGACUUUGCUGCAGAGAGCCGAGGCUCUGGCCGCUGUGGACAUUGUGGCCCAGAAGAGCCAUCCGUUCAAACCAGACGCGACCUACCACACCAUGACCACCAUGACCAGCAUGACCUGCACCCCGACCUCCUCCUCCGCACACCUGCACCACCCAUCGGUGCUCACCUCCCACCACCACCCGGCGCACCACCAACCUGCACAGGGCCUGGAGGGCGACCUGCUGGACCACCUCACACCCGGCAUCUCCCUGGGAGGCAUGCCCGGCUCGGACGUCUGCUCCACGGCCUCGCACACCGCCCACGCCGCCCACAUGUCGGCCAUCAACCACAUGCAGCACCACCACCAUCAGCAGUCCAUGAACAUGCACCCGCACGCGCUGCCCCACAGCUCCCUGGGGUCCGGCGGUUUAGACUCGGAGCCCGAUCCCCGGGAGCUGGAGUCGUUCGCCGAGAGGUUCAAACAAAGGCGGAUCAAACUCGGGGUGACCCAGGCGGACGUGGGCUCGGCUCUAGCCAACCUUAAGAUCCCCGGGGUCGGGUGUCUGAGCCAGAGUACCAUCUGCAGGUUCGAGUCCCUGACGCUGUCGCACAACAACAUGGUGGCCCUUAAGCCGAUCCUGGAGGCCUGGUUGGAGGAAGCGGAGCGGGCGCAGAGGGAGAAGAUGUCCAAGCCGGAGAUCUUCAACGGAGGCGACAAAAAGAGGAAACGAACGUCAAUCGCGGCCCCGGAGAAGCGCUCCCUGGAGGCUUAUUUCGCCGUGCAGCCGAGGCCCUCGUCGGAGAAGAUCGCUGCAAUCGCCGAGAAACUGGACCUGAAAAAGAACGUGGUCCGGGUUUGGUUUUGCAAUCAGAGGCAAAAGCAGAAACGAAUGAAGUUUUCUGCGACGCACUAAGAGCUUGCGGGGAAACCUGCGGGUCUCUGCUCGUUUACAAAAAGACAAAUCAGAGACAAGCUGCUGCUGCACACUGUCAGAAAAUAAAACAAGGUACACCGUUGUGCCUGUUGUGACUGGAGCUGGACCUGUUUGCCACACAGCCAGGGCCCUGUAGGCGCGCACUUAAAAUAAUAUAUUAAUCUUAACAAGUCAUUUAAUCUCUUAACGAGUCGAUUUCCCCCUUAAAUAGCUCAUUAAGUGAUUUUUGUUUUCAAGAAUUCCUGAAAUGAAACCUCAUGGCUGAAUUCGUUACUUCUCUGACUAACUAAUGGACUAAAUGUCUUGUUAAGAUGAACUCCAGUGUUGUCCACCGUGCAAAGGAGCAGCAUCCACAGUCCUGUUUUUGCACCAGUGCCAGAAUCCCAGUUGUGGAAACAUUUUUUUUUCACAGAAAGUAUUCAACA